CUGCAACCCAUCCUCCGAACCACCCGGUGCAGCGCACAAUAUUCGUGAUUUCACAAUUCACCUCUUCUCGGCAGCUUCGGCUGCGUCAGCCAGGGUUGCUUGGUUAGACAGCGUCGCAUUUCGUCAUCGAUCCAAGAUGGCGCGAUCCGAAGAAAACGGCAACGUCAUUGACCUGAUGGACACGCCAUCACCUCCUCCUGCCUCUUCGAAGCGCCCCAACUCUUCCCCUAACGACCCGAAAGUGGGAGUAGAGAAUGUCCUCGUUGGGUCCGGACCCAACAGCGCGUCUGAAAAGAAGCUCAAGCUGGGUGGGGAUGCUUCUAACGUGAAGGUGGUGUCAAAGGUGGGAGAGUCGCCUCUGUGCCACCAGCAUCGUGCCAUAUGCGCCUCUGACAAGCUCAAGUGCACCUUCAUAAAGAAGGACGGCCAGAGAUGUCCCUUGCAGUACUGCCAUCUCUCGCUAAAGAAGGUUUACAAUCAGGAUGCAAAUGCCAUACUUCAGGCCGGACGCAAUCGUCUUGGCGUCGAUCGUAGCCUGCACUGUCCUCCUGAGCAAGCCAAGUACCUCUGGCAAUGCCCAAGAUGUAGUGGGCAAUGCCACUGCUCGAUGUGCAGGAAGAGGGUCGGAUUGCCCGCGCUGGGCCCGCAACCAUCUGACAAGCCGAAACCGCCAAAACCAGCCAGUGGGCCUUCGAAGGCACCGAAGCCGAAGAAGCAGACGCAAUUAAGCGCUGCGAUACCAGCAGCAGGGCCGAGCAGCGUCAAAAAAAAACCUUUACCGCCUCGUAACAGCAGUCCGGCCUUAAGCACCCCACCACCAAGGGACGAGUUGGCGACGCCUUCCCCUAGGAAGGUCACGUCGGGCCCUGUUUCUGAUGGGUUGAGGACCCCAUCGCCUCCUCUCAAACCGGUCUCGGUCGUCAAAGCGCCUGUCAAGCAGCUGAACCUGCCAAGGCCUCUGAAGAAACCAAAGGUCCCAAAAGGCGGUCCACCUUUAUUGUCGCGCAUACAUACUAGGCUCUUCACGCCCAAUAUCGAGGAGCGGAUAUGGAUAUACGAGACACUCGUGCGCUUUGAUCUGGUUCGUGUUCCCAAAGCGGUGCUGUCACGUUUAGAUAGAUUUGACGCUUGGUUGGAAAGCGACGUUCACGUCAUUUUGGAGGCCAUCGCGGCGAUCCUGGCGGGAUUGUCGAAUAUCAGGUCAGGAGCGCCGAACGAUGCCAUGCGCGAAGUAGUGACCAUCUUGCGAAAACAAAAUGGGGAAGUGCAGCGUGGAGAGUGUUGGUCAGCUGCUCGUCGGGUCUGCGUCAAGCAUGGCGUAGCUCCGCAGGAGCUGCCUGAAGUAAGUUUGCUUCCAGCGCAAGUUGCGCUGUCAGCCCAAGAGGCCAGCGAUGCUGCUGCAGCCGCGCACUCGGAUACAUUGCUGGGUAGCCGGUCAACAAGGACGCGACGUGGUGCGGAGCUGAAUGCACGAGAAAGGAUGAGGGAUCAGAGCAGAAAGGAAGUAACGGGUUAUAUCACUAGCGACGAGGAGGAGAGCGAGGGUGAGGUGGUCACCCGAAGAUCGCUGCGAGGCAGGACCGCGCGGUCUUUGCGCAAUGCGUCCGUAGCGAAGGCAUCGGAGGAAGAAAGCACCUCGGCCUUGGAAGACUCUUCGGACGACGUCGCACCCACACGGCGUUCUGGACGCCUUGGGAAGGCGCCGCCCCAGCGCUCCACGCGAUCUUCGCGUCCAGCUUUAUCUGCAGAUGCCUCCGAUGCAUCGGAGACUGGUUCUGAGGCGGAAGGACCUCAAUGGAUUCGCCGCAGUGGUCGAAAUGCCGCCAGAAGUCAUCAAAUGGGCAAGUCUGGAUCGCGAGUCACGUCGGCCAGCAACCGCUCAACAAACGAUGCGGAGCCCACUCGCAGCACUGCCCCAGAGAAAUCCACCCUACCACCUUCUUUUGAGGAGCGCAUUGCGAUCUUAUCCAGAUUGCUGCAACUUUUGAUGGAGACAGACGAGGUGCGCAUCGAGCUGACGAAUGCAUCGGCCAAGAUUACCGAGCAUGAACGGAACAUGCGAGAGGAAAUCAAGGGCAUGGAGGAGACCUUCGAGAGCAAGAGUCGUGAGAUUCUGCAGAGAGCUCCGAGCAUGACCAACGAGGUCGAGUUCACCAAGUGGAAGGCAGAGCGCAAGGCUCAAGAGGUGGAGCACAAAUUGGAGAUCUUGGACGCUCGCGUCGUAAACACGAUAGCUAUCGAUGCGUGCAAGCUGCGUAGCGGGCCCUUGGGCACCGAUACGGAUGGCAAUGUAUAUUGGCAUCUCACUGAGUUCGUCGACAAGAUGCCAAAAGACACGACUGGUCGGUGGGCGUGGUGCUUGCUUGUGCACGGCAAGCCGUGCGAGUGGCAGGAUGAGGACAAGGCAGCCGCACGGCGCGAGGGCGAAGCGGUGACGACGGAUAGUCACGGCGCAGCACUCGCAUCAUCAAAUGGUCACGGCUCCACGUCUUCAGAGCAAGCUCAGCCGCCCCGCUGGCUUGGCACCAACGAUCACUUGGAGCUUGGUCGACUUAUCUCUUGGCUGCAAUACCGAGCGGAAGUCAAGCUUCACGAGGAGAAUGUAGUCUUGCGCAAGUUAGAAGCCGAUCAAUCUCUUUCAGGCGCGACUCGCAGGGAGCGCAAACGUGACGUGCAAGCUGGUCAGAUCUUGCGGUCUGCGGAGUUGCAGUCCCUCGUCGCAAAGCUGACCGCGGUACGACAAUACUACCAAUGGCAGUAUGGCGAUGUCUCGGAACCGGGGCCCCGGACAAAGGAAGAAUUUGAGCGAGAGCAAGCUACACUGAUCUCUGCGCAGCAGCACGAAGUGGCACGGGGCAUGAUCGAGCAAAAUCAGGCUCAGACAAGUGGCUCCACCUCGCCAGUCAUGGGACCGUCUUUUGUCCAUACGACCAUCGACCUGAAGCGUCCUGCGCUUGACAGAUCUAGGAAGCGCAAGCAGUCAUCUGUCGACUCAUUGUCGAGUGCGGCUGACACUGACGAUCAAGGGUUCGUGGUGGAGAUCUGA